AUGACUUUUGUGUAUGUUGACAAUGAGAAUUUCAACGAUGAACUGAGCAGUUAUAAUUGUCAGUCGAGCUGUGAUCCUGCGCCUCUGCAAAUUUUACCGUGCGAUGAGGUGCCCGGUGUAUCGGAAUACGUUGAAGUGAGUAGUGCUCAAGCGAGAAGAUAUAAACUGACACGGAAACGACGUGCCACAUCGCCGAUUGAUUUCAUUUAUGCGAACGAUACUGCUUAUCAGCAAAGCAUCAACAAAACCAUGUUUGUUUGUUUCAUGUCUUUAACAAAUUUUGCCUUCCUUUGA